ACUUUGUGCUCGGAGAACCUCUUGCCGCCAAAUUUUACCAAAACAUGGCGAUUUUCUCGUGAGCAGAAGGUGCGCUCAAGCUUGGAAAAGGGGUCAAAAUUUUGCAUUUUCUCUGCGAAUAUUUAUUGAAAUUUAAUCCGAGACAUAAUAAUCGUUGCAUAAAAUUCUCGAAAUGGGACUGACCCGAGUCUGUCAAGAGCUGCUGAAAAGCGCUCGUCUCGCCUUUGUGAAGCAAGAAUGGGGCAAAGCGGUUGAAGACUAUGAAGCUGUCCUCAAUGAGAUCCGAGACACAGACAUUGAACUCGACUUGGUCAUGGCUCCCAUCUACAUUUCGUACGCUUUCUGCCUGCUCAGACAGAUAGCAAACAAAGAAGUCAAUACCAACAAAUCCGAGGAAGAAGGCAACGGAGACUCGGGAGAGCAAGAUCAUGACGAAGCUGGACCUUCGGACGCUCCUGGACCAAGCACUUCAGCUGGACCAAGUAGUUCCUCAGGAAAUAAUGGAGAUGAGGCGGAGGACGACGAAGAUGAACUCAGCGAGUUGGAAGAACCUGCCAAAUCGUUGAUGCAAGCUUGGGAGAUGUUGUUGCUGGCCAAGAGCAUUUUCGACAGAUUCCCUGCCAAGGCCAACAAGCUUGAAGAACUCCACGCCAUGACAUUGCAGGCAGAAAUUUUGUUUCACAACAACGAUACUCAGUGCAUUGUCUAUCUUGAUAAAAUCAUACAAGAACUUAAAAACUUCCCCGGCCUAGUUGUGUGGCCGCUGAAAAUCCACAUAACCAAGGCUGCUUACCUGAUACGUUUUGAGGACGAUGCCGAGUUUGCCAAAAAUUUGAACAUAAUUAGUGGACGUACUGAAGAUGCCAUGUCAGAAGUUCAACAGCCUGAAGGAAACAAGCUUCAAGACCUUAUCGAGCAAGUCAAGUUGGACUUCAAGGCGCUGCAGGAAGCGGAGAAGGCAGAGGCCAGGGGCGCCAAGCCCAAACAAAACACUGAUGAUGUUCUGGAGCUUAAUGCUAGAGAGUUGAGAGCAAAGAUUGAAUCAAAACUGCUGGCUCUCUGCAGUCCGUACUCGCUGCCCCAGGAUGACUCGGGAACUCCACUUUCGACAAGAAUUAUUGAAGACGUCAAUGAAAUUAUGGCCGAGGAGUUUGCCGAGAGCGCCACUUCAUCAAAACCCAAGAUUGUGGAAUCAGAGCAAAUUGGAUUUGGACCUCCAAGUGGAUCGUCGUCCUCUGAUAGUGGAUCAAGCUCGUUGGCUGUCAAGCGGAAAGCGCCUAAUCCACCACCCACCCCUGAGAAGGACAAGAAGAGAGUACUGCUCAAAGCUGUUACCAAUGGCGGCACCUCUGUAAACGGCAAUGGUCUCAAACACGAUUCAGAUGAAGAAGCUGAUAAUUAAGUGCAUCAAAUUGGUGCAGGCGAUGUAAAUUGAACUUUUGAGAAGAAAUGUAAUGUACUGCCUGAAGUGAAGAAACAACCUUAAUAUUAAUUUGCAAUAAGCCAUCUUAAGACUCAUUUUUACCUUUUAAUUGUACUACAGUCUCCGAAUUUGUUCCAAAUGAUUAAAUUAAAAUUAUAGUUUCUUAAAA